CCGCCCGCCUGCACACUGGAGUCUCGGCACCAAAUAGCGGCAGCAACGAGAAGCAGAGCUGUGGUGUGGCUGGCCCAGCUCUUGCCUGAGGGAUGCCAGCAUUGUCCCCACUUCACACCAGUGGGGAGUAUUUGGAGGGAGCAAGGAUCCUAGAUGUCAGUCACCGGGUGCAGAAGCUGCCAGAUGGUACCGUGGCACUGCCUGUGCUGGAGGGGAAGCUCACCGAGCAGCACCUUCAGGACUUGAGGGGGAGUAUGGCCCCUGGAACAACAUGCAUACUGUCCUGGAUCAAGAAGCCCAUCCCCUUCAAGGCUGCUCGAGCCCAGUCACCUGCCCAGAAGCUGUGUGGUGAGCUGCAGCACUUAGUAGCAUGCUUUGGGGGCAGGUGGUCAGAGGAGCUGGAGCAUGACGUCCCUCACUCCUGGCAGCGACAUGGCGACCUGGUCAUGCUGAGCAAGGACUGCUUCAAGGCUGCCCUGUGGGAGGAACUGGGAUCAGAGCUCUGGGAGACGGUUGCUUCUUCUCUGAGGGCACGACGACUAGCCAAGCAAGGACGAGUAUCCCCAGAUGGGGUGCGAACCCCAACUGUUAGCCUUCUGCUAGGGCAUGAUGGCUGGGUGGAGCACAUGGACAAUGGGAUCAGAUACACCUUUGAUGUGACCAGAUGUAUGUUCUCUUCUGGAAACAUUACCGAGAAACUACGGGUAGCAUCGCUGCAAUGUCCCAGGGAAGUGCUGGUUGAUCUCUAUGCAGGGAUCGGCUAUUUCACGCUGCCUUUCCUGGUUCAUGCUGGUGUGGCCUUUGUCCAUGCCUGCGAGUGGAACCCACAUGCUGUGGAAGCUUUGAGGAGGAACCUGGAGUUGAAUGGCGUGCAGGAUCAGUGCUGGAUUCACCCAGGGGAUAACAGGCAGUUGGAGCUGCGGGACGUGGCUGACCGGGUGAAUCUGGGACUGAUUCCCAGCUCAGAGCAGGGCUGGCCCAUCGCCUGCCAGGUUCUGCGGAAGGACACGGGGGGGAUUCUCCACAUCCACCAGAAUGUGGAGUCUUUCCCUGCAAAGGCUCUUCAGCUGCCCUGUGGCCUGUUGAAGGAGCAGUCACUUUGCAAUGGACAGGAGGACAGCGGGAACCAGAGGAACCACGGGAGCCCAGAGACUGCUGAUGUGAUGGAUUCUGUGCAGAAGAUUCAGUUCACUGGGACCAGGCCUGAAUGGCAGAGGUGGGCAGAGGCCACGGGAGCUCAGAUCAGGUCUCUGCUUGAGAAUUUGCAUGGGGAGCCAUGGACGAUAAACAUCCUGCACAUCAAGCCAGUGAAGUCCUAUGCGCCCCAUGUGCACCACCUGGUCCUGGACUUGGAGUGUCGUCCCCUGCAGGCAGAGCCACACUGAAGGAACAAGGCCCAACCUAGUUUCAGGAGGCUGCUAAGGGGGAGCCAGUAUACAUUGGGGCCAGAACAGUGGAAAACUCUCCCAGCUCUGCAGUGAGAGCGCUUGUUUGUCUCUUUUUCCAGCCCUGAGCUGGCAGUUGCUGUGAUGUUGACCCACAAUCCCAAGAGCCCUGUGAAAGGCAGUCUCAACAAGAAGCAUUAAAGCAGAGUCCUAAGGGUGCACUGAGUUUUGGAUCAGUGAGUUAAUGUAGAUUUGAGCAGUUACACAGUUUAAUAACAUAAACACGAGUUCCUGAUUCAGUUAUUACUGUGGCUGCUCAGAUCAAUUACUGACCCAGGGGGAGAGACAGUAGUCAUGAGAAUCAGCUCUGUGAUUGCUUGCAAACAUUGCUUCCUGUUCCCUGCUGAGUCUUGUACUCCUGGGAACCCCAUUGGAGAGGCACAUGGCUCAGGGAAGAGUACUGUUGUGUAGAUUGGUAUGUCCACAGAAGAGAAGGACAGGCAGGAGGGCAGGAAUGGAAGAACCUUGUUCCCCUGCACCUGAGAUAAGCAGGCACAUCACCUGCUCUUUAUUAUAAAGCCACUAGCUGGAUUAGUGAAACAGUGAGAUCACAAGUAGCACUUUACCUCACUUCUCAUUCUCCUUUUCCUUUGCUUGCUGCUUAUUUGUGGCUGGCAGGACAGCAAGAUCCCAGGCACCAAGGUGGAGAGAUUGGUUUUACUGAAGAAGCCAAGCCAGUGUUGCUUAGUCAUAGAAUCAUAGAAAAUUAGGGUUGGAAGGGACCUCAGGAGGUCAUCUAGUCCAACCCCCUGCUCAAAGCAAGACCAUCCCCACCUAGAUCAUUCCAGCCAAAGCUUUG